CGGGACAGAGGAGCAAUGCCUAUUUCCUCCUCGACAGAAAGAAACAGAGGGGGAAAACAUACUGGUUGGUAAGCUUUCAACUUCUUCCCGCCGACGUCUUUCUUCCGUUUCACUGCUGCGGAUUCCGUCCGUUCCAAGCGAUCUAUUUAUCAAAAUUCCGAAGGGACCUGACAAACAAAGAAUUCGCAGAUUUGGGAAUUAUUCAACGGUUUGAGUUAUUAUCAGAAGAAGAUCGGCGAUUUGGGUUGAUCCGAAUUAGAUGUCGGCAGACGAGGAUGCCGCCGACGCGGUGUUGAGCGACGUCGAGGAGGAAGACGAUCCGAUUCCAAUUGCCAUACCGAGUCCGAGCCAAGAAGACGUCUCUGUCGAGAGGUUUCGCGAGCUCGCCGGCGAGCUGGAGCGGGAGCGAGCGCUACGCCAGGCUGCCGAGGAUUCGAAAUCUGAGCUACAGGACAAGUUCCUCCGGUUGAAGUCUCUAGCGCAUGAGGCAAUCAAGAAGCGAGACGAAUGCGCGAAGCAACGAGACCUAGCUGCCAAGGAAAAGGAGGAGGCUCUGGAAGCCAAGGGGAAGAUAGCGGAGGAAUUGAACCAAACAAAGAAGUUGCAAGAUGAGGUAAUGAAGCAGAGAGAUGAGUUCGCUAGGCAGCUCGACGAAGCUGUUAAGGCGAGGGAUGGAUUUCAAUCGGAGAUGGAGAAUUCACGGCACAUGCUGGUAAGUGGCAUUGAGAAGAUUUCUGGUAAAGUUAGUAGUUUCAAGAAUUUUGCAGCGGCUGGGUUGCCGAGAUCUCAGAAAUACUCUGGAUUUCCUGCUGUUGCUUAUGGGGUGAUUAAGAGGACCAAUGAGAUAGUUGAGGAGCUUGUUAGGCAGAUUGAUGCCACAACGAAAUCUAGAAAUGAAGCUAGGGAACAGAUGGAGCAAAGGAACUAUGAGAUUGCCAUUGAGGUUUCUCAACUUGAAGCUACUAUAGGUAGAUUGAGAGAAGAGUUGGAGAAGAAGAGUUCUUCGGUCGAGAGUUUGGAGAAAUCCGUUGCGGAUAAUCAUGAGAAGCUGCUAGAAGUUGAGAGGCAGCUAUCUGAGAAGACCCAAAUGGAUGAGAAGCAAGCUGCAGAGACUAGGCAGCUAGUUAGUGAAUAUGAUGAGAAACUGAGGAAACUGGAAACUGAGAUGGAAUCUUUGCGGCCUUUAUUGGUUGAUCAAUUGAAUUUGGUUGCACAAAUUCACGAUCAGCUUUACGAUGUUAUUAAGAUAGUUGAUUCAAAUCAUUCAGAUUCAGACUUGUCCGAGUCUUUGUUUCUUCCACAACAAACAGAUAUGGGGGAGAAUCUCCGUGCUUCGGUUGCUGGCAUGGAAUCAAUUCACGAGCUAACUAGAAUAGUACUUGAGAAGGCAAAGGACUGGACAGCGGAGAAGAUUCAUGAAGUGAAGAAGUUGAAUGAAACUGUUGAUCAAUUGAAUAAAGAGAAAGAACAAAUCAGCUCUUUACUAAGGAGUGCUUUGUCCAAGCGGAUGGCAUCAGACCCAGCUUCCAGAACAAAUGAAUUAUUUCAAGCUGCUGAGAAUGGUUUGCGAGAUUCUGGAAUCGAUUUCAAGUUCAAUAAGGUCCUUGUGGCUUCUCAAGAUAGCAAUGGCCCACCAAACACGGACGAGGAUGAAAUCUACACUCUGGCUGGAGCCCUGGAGAAUAUUGUGAAGGCAUCCCAGCUUGAGAUCAUUGAGUUGCAGCAUUCAGUGGAGGAAUUAAGGGCAGAGUCAAGUUUACUUAAGGAGCAUAUAGAGGGUCAAGCCAAGGAAUUAGCUUAUAGACUGCAGAGAAUACAGGAGCUUGAGGAGAAAGAGAGAGUGGCAAAUGAAAGUGUUGAAGGGCUUAUGCUGGACAUUGCUGCUGCUGAAGAAGAAAUUACAAGGUGGAAAGUGGCAGCAGAGGAGGAGGCUGCUGCAGGGAGAACUGUUGAACAAGAGGUCAUGGCUCAGUUGUCUGUACUGAAGCAGGAGCUUGAAGAGGCAAGGCAGUCCAUGUCAGAGUCCGAGCAGAAACUGAAGUCCAAAGAGGAGACUGUCGCUGCUGCUAUGGCCGCACGAGAGGCUGCUGAGAAGUCGUUGAGAUUGGCUGACACAAGGGCUUCUCGGCUCAGGGACAGGGUAGAGGAGCUCAGCCGUCUACUUGAAGAGUUUGAAACCCGAGAAGAUUCUAGAGGACGAAAUGGAUCGAGAUAUGUAUGCUGGCCAUGGCAGUGGCUAGGCCUGGACUUUGUAGGCACUACUACCAGACCUGAAAUGCAGCAACAACAACAGACUUCAAAUGAGAUGGAGCUCUCAGAGCCCUUCUUAUGAUUGUUGGCUUCACUGCCAAGGAGGGGCUUCCUACGUUAAGUACUGUUUGUGGGUUUGUACAGUACGCUUUCUGUUCGUGAGGAGGAUGGACCAAUGUGCAGUAACAAUAAUUUAACUUCUUUCUUUUGCCUUUGCUUUUUUCUCAGUGAUCGACGCAAAGCAAUUCGUUGUUCUUCUGCAAAAUUGCAUUUGGGUGUGGUUGAGUUUCUAUAUGUAAAGCGUUUUACUGCAAAUAAAUUCAUCGCUCUGAUCCAA